GAUCUUCUAAAUUAGAAAUUCCUUCUAAAUUAGAAGUUCCUUCUAAAUUAGAAGUUCCUUCUCUAUUAGAAGAUUCUCCUCUAUUAGAAGGUUCUCCUCUAUUAGAAGGUUCUCCUCUAUUAGAAG